UUCGGCGGGAGAACGAAAUUCUCACAUUUUUUUUUGGCGUCCAGGCAAAAGUUUUGGACGAUUUUGUGGCCGCAAAGAUGAUCAAACGGAAGCCCACACGUAUCGAGCUGAAGCUGGAUGACCUUGACGAAUUCGAAGCGGUGAAAAAGGAGGUAGAAGAGCGUCGAAAACAGCGGAACAACGAACUACUCGGGCUCGGAACACAGGGCCAGGGGGAGGGCGCCGCUGCCGCUACAACCAACGGAGAAUCUUCCCCGCCGUCGGCUAAAACCAAGACCGAUAAAAUCCACGAGCGGAUCGGGUACGACCCGACGCCUUUACCUGACGCCACGGCGAGAGUCGGCACCCUACCCUCACCGCCUCCGCCACCUGGUGGACAGCCGCCGCCUAGAUAGCGGGAUGUGGACUUGAUCAACUUCAAGAUGUAGGGAUGGUUUUGGAGCACACGGAACUAUCGAGCUAUCAAGUAACAUCGACUUCAUAUGACGGGAAGAAGACACUUUGUUUGUGACUGUACGAUGGUAGAGAGAGAGAGAGAGAGAGAGGACACCGAACUAUCAAGCUAUCAAGCACACCGACUCCAUACAACGGCAUGAAGAGCAGAAGACACUUUGUUGCUGUACGAUGGACUUGAUUGCAGAACUUGCAUGUGGCAGCGAGAAUACUAUGGCUUGGACAUGCUGUUAUUCGUUGUUGAGGACUGUUUUAUUAGCUUCACUGAGUAUUAUAAAAAUAUGCAUAUAA